AUGUCGAAAACGGUGGCCAUCACAUCGCCAGCUCACUUCUCAUCCCUGCUCACCUCGUCACGCAUUCUCGUCGCCGAUUUCUGGGCAGAAUGGUGCGGGCCAUGCAAGGCUAUCGCCCCCGUGUAUGAAGCACUCUCCACCCAACUCUCUCGUCCUGGCCAAAUAACCUUCACCAAAGUGAAUACCGACGAACAAAAAGAGAUCGCUGCAACGUACAACAUCUCCGCCAUGCCCACUUUCCUCAUCUUCAAGGCCGGUCGCGAGGUCAAGCGUGUAAGAGGUGCCGAUCCCAAGGGUCUGGAUGCUGCGGUGAAGCAGCUUGCGGAGGAGGCAGGCAAAGCAGAUGAUGGAGGCGCGGGAGAAGGAAGCAGCAGUAGUAGUGGCGGAAUGUGGACGGGAGCUGCUGCACCACGGGGUUAUGGCGAGGUAACUGACCAAGUGGAGAUCAAAGGACUGGACUUCCUCAAUCUCGAUGGCGACAAGGGCGACAAGCGGGCAGUAUUCGCCCCAGAGCAACCGUCCGCCCUGGRCAARGGCAAGGCACCGACCACGUCAGACUGGAUCGAGAGCGAUACGGACGAGCAGCUUAUCCUUUUCAUUCCCUUCCAGUCCACCAUCAAACUUCACACUCUCCACAUCACAUCAGUACCGCAGGCUGACGAUGAGGACGUUGUGCGACCCAAGACGGUCCAUUUGUAUGUCAAUCGCUCGCAUGUACUAGGUUUCGAUGAGGCAGAGGAUACGCCGGCAACGCAGACGCUGGAGAUUGGAGAGAAGGAUUGGGACGCAAAGACACACACCGUGAAGCUGGAGCUGAGAUUUGUGAAGUUUCAGAACAUCAGCAGUCUUACCGUCUUCAUUGCGGACGGUCACGGGGAUGGGGAGAAGAUGCGUGUUGAUCGCGUUAGGCUGUUCGGCGAGAGCGGAGAGAAGCGAGCUAUGGGAAAGCUGGAGAAGGWCGACCAUGGGGAGUAG